UUAAAUUUAUCGGCCAUGCAUAAAUUUUCCGGCACUUGUAUAUCGUUGGAUUGACAGCAAGAGUACGUCAUGGGGGUUCAAAACCUGUGGAACAUCAUCGGGUCCUCCUGUGAAACAGUUUCCCUCGACAAACUGAGGGACAAGACUAUUGCUAUUGACUUGGCUGGAUGGGCAGUCGACAGCCAGUGCUUGGGCUCUGCUAAUGACGUACAAGUAAACAUGCAUCUAAGGAAUUUAUUCUUCCGGACAAAAGCCCUCCUCAUGCAGGGAACAAUUCCAGUGUUUGUACUAGAAGGAAAACCCCCAGAAUUGAAGAUGAAAGUCAUUGCAGAGAGACUGAAUAUCAGAGAUGGGAAGAACAGAGAUGUUGAGGGAAAAAAAUUGAAGUGCAAUCGGCAAGGACUGACCAAAGUACUUAAGAGCUGUGAGAAAAUGUUGGAAUUGAUGGGAUUGAAGUGUGUGAAGGCGCAUGGAGAGGCGGAGGCUAUGUGUGCUUAUCUGAAUCAGGAUGGGCUCGUAGACGGCUGCAUCACGCAGGACGGCGAUUGUUUCUUAUAUGGGGCCAAAACGAUAUACAGGAAAUAUUCUCUGGCUGGACAGGCUAGCGUUGGAGGUACUGCUGAGGAAUACACAAUUGAUAAAAUAGAAAAAAUAUACAAACUAGGACGAAACAAGCUGAUUGCACUCGCACUGCUCUGUGGGUGUGACUACACGCCUGGAGUCAAUGGCAUUGGCAAGACGACUGCAUUAAAGUUCUUCAGCCAAUUCGAGGACUCACAGAUUUUGAGACGAAUGAAGAGCUGGAGAUAUGACACGAGUGCAGCACCGACAAAACAGGAACAAGCGGUGAAAUCUAAGUGUCUUCUAGUAGAUGAAUUCCCAGAUCAACAAGUGAUCGAUGAGUUCCUGAUACGAAAAGGUUCGAUACCAACCAAAAUUGAUAAUUGGCAGCGCCCCAACGGAGCCGGACUGGUAGAAUAUUUGGCAGAGCAUUUGCGUUGGGAAACGCCCGCAACCUUCGAGAAGGUCCUCCCACUAGUCACAAGAUGGCAAGUCAUCAACUUCCAGAGUAUUCCUCAAGAACUACGACCAAACGAUCCGGAAGUCCUUAUCCCCAAGGAAAUCAAAAAGAAGAGAACUCCACAGACAGUCCUCUGUUUCGAAAUUGAGUGGACAGUCCCAGGGGACAGUCUCUACUCCUAUAUACUUUCUGAGAUCGACCAACCCCUCGAGGAUACCAAGCCAUUCCUCACAAUAGAACGCCAGGAUCACGUUAUGCAAUCGUAUCCUCAGCUGGUCCAGGCGUUUGAAGAUCUCCAGGCCGCUAAGAAGAAGCCAAAGAAGGCAAAAAAAUUGGCGAAGGAACCGGACAAAAUUGAAGAGCCUCCCAAACAGAAGAAAACCAGAGCUAAGAAGCCAGAUUCGUCCUGCAAGAGAAUCGAUGCUUACUUCCAACAGAGAAAGUCUGUGGUUUCAAAAAAAUUAAAAAGUCUUGAAUCCCAGGACAUCGGUAAAUCACAGUCAUCUCGUUAUCAAGAUCAACGAGAGGAUGUAGUACAUAACACCGUCUCAAAGCUCGCUGGGACUCUCCCACGAAUUUUUGAUCAAUUGAAUUCAGAAGAUUUUGCCAGUGAUGUGGAUGCUGACUGUGCUGAGAUGUCCAUGAUUAUACAAAGAACUUGCAGUCAAACCAGCACAAAUCUUCCUACAUUAAUGCCCGUACCACCACAUCGAUCAGCACUGGAUUGUGUUCCAGAGGAAAAGCCUCGAGUCCCUAGUCCCAUUAUCAGACAACCAGAAGUACUCGAUAUUUCGUCUGACGAUGAUUUCGUUUAUAUCCCUCUCGGCGAGCGACUGAAGGCCAGGGUGUAACUCUGUGUCACAGUGAUGAGACUGCUCUGGUUAUCGAGAGUCCUGGUGCACCCAUCGGGGUUGAUCCUCGCACUCGCGAGGCUUUUCGCGAGAUUUAAAUCAACUUCAUCCAGUGUUUUUCACCCGUCCACCCCCAGUGGUCUGUCAUCCCCCGAGUUGUGGAGGUUACUGCACACACAUUCGACGUUCUACCCUCGUACCGGAAAGGGGGUGCAACUUGAGGGGUGGAAUUGUCUCCUCGUCGUCAGACCCACACAUUCGACUGCGCAACUGCCAGAGAUAUGCUGUUAGUUACAUUAUUCCAUCGAUUUCAAGGCAUUUCGUUAUUUGCCAACUUUGAUUAUUGUUUUUUGCUAGUGGAUUGAGUUGUCACUGGUCAUUGCGGGCCCAAUUAAUCCGGGAAUUGGGAGGUGGGGUGGGUAAUUGCAUGCGUAUGUACAUGUGUCGGGGGUACUUCGUGUUGAUAAUGCUGCAGGAGU